AGUACGACAAACAGGGAGGAGGCGCAGUCAUUCGUGCUUCACGCGUGGCGCCAAAAACAUAAACCUGCUCGGAGUGACGCAACGUGGAAUUGCAGUCACAGCAUUGGGAAUUUUCACACCGUAAGAGCGGCGUUGUUGACGGAAGGGGUUAAUAUUAUAUCUUGUCGUCCUCACGCCAGGAAUAAUAAGUGUGCGUUGCCUCGUCUGCCGGGUCCGCCCGCUCUCACUGAGCGUCCUCUAUCACUUGUGACCUUUGCCCCACACGGGCAGCAGAGCGCCUCUGAGUCCCUGUCUCCUCAUACAGCUGCGUGCGGACGGAGGAGAUGAGAAGCCUGCUGCUAAACUCCAUAGUGGCCGUGUGCCCGCCCGGACAGGGCAUAGGGAAGGCUGGCUCCCUGCCCUGGCCUCCGCUCAGGAAUGAAUUUAAACACUUCCAGAGGUUGACUAUGACUCCAACACAUGAAGGUAAGCAAAAUGUUGUCAUCAUGGGUAGAAAAACAUGGUUUUCUAUUCCAGAGAAGAACCGGCCUUUAAAGGAAAGAAUAAACAUUGUGCUAAGCAAGGAGCUAACGGAACCACCAAAAGGCGCUCACUACCUUUCCAAAAGUCUAGAUGAAGCUUUAAGUCUAUUGGAGACUUCUGAAUUAAAAGAUUGUGUAGAUCUUAUAUGGAUCAUUGGUGGAAGUUCCCUUUAUAAGGAGGUAAUGGAUAAGCCUGUACAGCAGAGGCUUUUUCUGACAAGAAUACUGCAAGAGUUUGAGUGUGAUACAUUUUUACCAGAAAUUGAUCUGAAUUCAUACAAGCUACUUCCAGAAUUCCCUGGCAUACCAUCUGAAAUACAAGAAGAAAACGGUAUUCAGUACAAAUUUGAAGUCUAUGAAAAGAGCUUAUAAAAUGUCAGGGGGGGGCGGUUGUAGCCUGUUUAAAAUAAAUUUGGUUUAAUCUGUCUUCACGUAGUAUUUUGUUUACUCUUUUUAGUUGAUUUGUAUUAUAUUUUUAAUGUUACUUUUUUGCAAA